AUGGAGACACCCCCCAUAGACAACCUUUUCCACAGCCCCUUCUCGGAGCAGCCCCAGUCUGAGGCCAGCUGGUGGGGGGCAAUGGAGACCGGGAAGCAACCAGGAGACCAAGGUCACCCUGUCCUGCCUCCUCCUCGCCGCCCCCUCCCCAGCCCCGCCGGCCCCGGGCCCCCCGCUUCUGCCUGCGCUGUGACCCCCCCAGCCGCCGGCACGGCCCCGCCCCCGCUGCCCCGGUGGUGGCCCACGGCCCCCCGGCUGCCCGUGGUCAAACUGGAGUCACUGAAGCGCUGGAACGAAGAGCGGGGCCUCUGGUGCGAGAAGGGGGUGCAGGUGCUGCUGACGACGGUGGGCGCCUUCGCCGCCUUCGGCCUCAUGACCAUCGCCAUCAGCACCGACUACUGGCUCUACACGCGCGCCCUCAUCUGCAACACCACCAACCUCACGGCCGGCGACGACGGGACCCCCCACCGCGGGGGCGGCGGUGCCUCGGAGAAGAAGGACCCCGGCGGCCUCACGCACUCGGGCCUCUGGAGGAUCUGCUGCCUGGAAGGGUUGAAAAGAGGCGUCUGCGUGAAGAUCAAUCAUUUCCCGGAGGACACGGACUACGACCACGACAGCGCGGAGUAUCUACUCCGAGUUGUCCGGGCCUCCAGCAUCUUCCCCAUCCUUAGCGCCAUCCUGCUGCUGCUUGGGGGCGUGUGCGUGGCGGCCUCCCGCGUCUACAAGUCCAAGAGGAACAUCAUUCUGGGCGCAGGAAUCCUGUUCGUGGCAGCAGGCCUGAGCAACAUCAUCGGCGUGAUCGUGUACAUCUCGGCCAACGCCGGCGAGCCGGGCCCGAAGCGGGACGAGGAGAAGAAAAACCACUACUCGUACGGCUGGUCCUUCUACUUCGGCGGGCUGUCGUUCAUCCUGGCCGAGGUGAUCGGCGUGCUGGCCGUCAACAUCUACAUCGAGCGCAGCCGCGAGGCGCACUGCCAGUCUCGCUCGGACCUGCUCAAGGCCGGCGGGGGCGCGGGCGGCAGUGGCGGGAGCGGCCCCUCGGCCAUCCUCCGUCUGCCCAGUUACCGCUUCCGCUACCGCCGCCGCUCCCGCUCUAGCUCCCGCUCCAGCGAGCCGUCGCCGUCGCGGGACGCGUCUCCCGGCGGCCCCGGGGGCCCGGGCUUCGCCUCCACGGACAUCUCCAUGUACACGCUCAGCCGCGACCCCUCCAAGGGCAGCGUGGCCGCGGGGCUGGCGGGGGCCGGCGGCGGCGGCGGCGCCGCCGUGGGGGCGUUCGGCGGCGCGGCCGGGGGCGGCGGCGGAGGCGGCGGCGGGGCGGGCGCCGAGCGGGACCGCGGGGGGGCGUCCGGCUUCCUCACGCUGCACAACGCCUUCCCCAAGGAGGCGGGCGGCGGCGUCACGGUCACGGUCACCGGGCCGCCCGCCGCGCCCGCGCCCGCGCCACCCGCGCCCGCUGCACCCGCCCCCGGGACCCUGGCCAAGGAGGCCGCCGCCUCCAACACCAACACGCUCAACAGGAAAACCACGCCUGUGUAGGGCGCGGCGGGGGAGCCGAGGGGCGUGUCCGGGGCGCGUGCGCGGGCGCGCGUGCAUCGAGGCUGCCGGGGUCGGGGGGCGCCCCCGCUUUCCCCCGUGAGCGCGCUGGAGACUGCUGGGCCCGCCCCCCGCCCACCCUCCCCGCCCUCCUCCCCCUCCGAAGCAGGGACCCCUAGGGAGGGGGCAGGGGAGGGAGGGGGCUGCUGUGAGGGAGCGUCGUGUUUUAUUUUUUUGUGGGCUCUAUGGGGAGGGGGGAGGGCCAUGGUGUUUUUUGCAGUUUCGAGAUGUUUUCUUUUUCACGUUUUGCUGUGUGCAUGGGGUGGCGGGGCGCGGGGAGGGGAGGGAGGGACUCCCAGCCCAGCCCAGCCCAACUCCUGGAGAGGAGCCCAUAAUACACAAAUACAUAGUUACACCCACAAACUAUAUAUAUGCCCUAUAUAAAGAGACACAGCUAAGGGACGCAGAAAGGCAGAAAGAAGGGUUGGACGCGGGCAUUCAUUCAUUUUUUUCAUUCAUUAUUCCACAAAGGCUUAUUAAGCACCUACUGUGUACCAGGCACAGGUAUGUAAGAAGGCAUUGGAGCAGGGGACACGAACGAGGCACAGAAAGGGCCUCCUCGUUCAUUCAUUACAGGCAAUUUAUUUGUGCGCCUUAAAAAGCUAGGCAUUGUGCUCCGUGCUCAGCGUGCAGGAGGCAGGAAAACAGCCAGGGGUCCCGACAUCUCAUAGAGUAAACAUCUUGUGCAUGAGACAGGCAUUAAUCGAUCAUGUACAUACACAAUAAAUUACAGUUAGGCUAUAGGAGAAAUGAGAUGCUAUGAAAUGCUCUAUCAACGGAGCCUAACCCAGUUGUGAGGAAGAGAUUUCAGUGGACAGUGAAAGGAUGAGAAGAAGCCAGCAGGGUGGAGCUGGGGUGGAGUGUGGCAGGCAGAGCAGCACUUGCAAAGGCCCGGGGGCAGGAAGGAGCUUGCAGCGAGGGCUGAAGGGUAGUGAGGCAGGUGAGCAGGGACCAAGGUGAGGCUGGAGACACAGACAGGGCCAGAUUGUGCAGGUACUCAUAGGCCAGGAGUUUAGAUUUUAUUCUAGGGAUGGUGAGGGCCAUGGAAUGGGUUUAAGCAGGACCCUAACGUGAAUGGCGUACAAAGGGAAGACAGGAACUCGGAGACAAGAGUAAGAGGUGGAGAUAUGCUGAAAUACAGCAUAAAACAUGGGCACUGGCCCUUGGAGCUCACACUCUUGUGGGAGGAAGCACAUAAUUACACAAAUAGUGAAGCAUAGACAUGGUGUCUGGUGUGCAGGAGAAGCCCUGGGGCUUACAGACUCAUGUGUCUGUCACUCAUUCAUUCAGCCACUCGCCCGUUGCCAUUUUUGGCCAUCUGCUAAGGUACCCAGGGGUGAAACAGACUCUAGCCCUGCUCUCAAGCAGUUUAUUGUCAUCAAACACCGCCAUCCAGGCAGGGCAAUUGGUGCUGGAAUGGGAACCACAGUGGGUACCGUGGCACACAGUGGACAGAGUGACCAACUGCCAGGAGUGGGCAGCACUCGGAGGAGGCUUUGUGGAAAAUAUGAUGCCCAUUCUGGGUCUUAAAGAGAUGAGUGGGCAUCUUCCGGGUGAUGAAGGGCGUGAAAAAGGCUUGUGGGGCCAAAGAACAACUUGGGUAAAAACCGGGGGAAGCGAACAA